AUGGAUUCUGCAUCUCUUCUCGUUGUCAUUUGGGUUAUCCUUCUCGUCUUGUGGCUCAGGAGGACUUUUCGUCCCCGCUCUUCUCUCCCUCUUCCCCCAGCGCCUCCUGGAUAUCCUAUUAUAGGUAAUCUCCUUGAUUUGGCCAACAACGACGUUCAUAUCAGAGCUCGUCAUUGGUCUCGAAAUUUUAAUGAGGAUGUCAUCUCCCUCAAUGUUCUUGGGAAAACUAUGAUAAUCCUCAAUUCGUCUACCUCGGUCUCUGAUCUUUUUGACAAGCGAGGCUCCAACUACUCAGAUCGGCCCGACAUGCCAAUGAUUGUCGACCUAAUGGGAUGGGACUGGACAUUUGCCCUCAUGCGAUACGGGCCGCGUUGGAAGGAACACAGACGAGUAUUCAACAACCACUUCAAUAUUGGCACAUCCGGCUCGUCAGAAGACCGGCAUAUCCAACUGCAUAUCUGUCGCGAGCUCUUAUCUUUGAUGGUCCAUUCUCCAUCAAAUUAUCUUGAAAACCUUCGGCACUACACGGGUCAUAUUAUUCUCAAGCGCACGUAUGGACACACGGUAGUGGACGAGAGUGAUCCUUACAUCCGUCUGGUCGAGGCAGCAUCUCAAAGUACAUCUGAAGCUGCAGUUCCUGGAGCCUUUCUUGUCGAUCUAUUUCCAUCCAUGAAGUACAUUCCUGAUUGGUUCCCGGGCGCUCAGUUCAAGAGAAAGGCCAGGGAGUGGCGCAAACUCUCAGAAGCCAUGAUCAAUGCACCAUAUGACAUGGCGAAGGGGAAAUUUGAUGAAGGAAAUGCCGAGCCUUGCUUCGUCUCCGCUUGUCUCGAGCAGAACAAGACUGCUUCUGGUCAAGGGUUAAGUGAGGAACUCAUUAAAGACACCGCUGCCGUCGCAUAUGCUGCCGGUCACGUCUCAACUCUAACGACUUUUGUCCUUGCGAUGACACUUUAUCCCGAGGUUCAAAAGGCAGCACAAGCCGAACUCGACGAAUUAUUGGGCAGUGAACGUUUACCCGACUUUUCCGAUAAAACCCAGCUUCCAUACGUCACGGCGAUAUUAAAGGAAGUCCUUCGCUGGAUUCCCGUAUUACCGAUGGCUGUGCCUCAUCGCGCCGUUAAUGCUGACAAUUACAAAGGAUACUAUAUCCCAGCCGGUGCCUUCGUGUACGGAAAUGCAUGGGCUAUACUUCACAACCCCGACAUUUUCACAGACCCCGAAACGUUCAGACCAAGCAGAUUCAUUGAGAACCCAACCUUACCCAACCCGAUCGAUAAUGGGGUAUUUGGGUUUGGAAGGCGCGCUUGUGCAGGGAGGGUUAUGGCACUUGACACUAUGUGGAUAGCCAUGGCGUCAAUUCUGGCCGUCUUCGAUAUUUCGAAAGCUAUCGAUGAACGCGGGAAUGAGAUCACACCUCUAGUGAAGCUCAGCCCGGGAACGAUCAGUCACCCCGCCCCAUUUCCGUGUACUAUUAAGCCUCGAUCCAAGGCUGCUCUCGAACUCAUUACGCAGGAUGAUUGA